CGCCCAGAUUGAACUUGAACGAAAACUCUGGAGGGAAAACUCCCGCCAAGAUAAAAUCUUCCCCCAAAUCCCUCCUCCUUCUCCUCGCAAUCAUUCCUCCCAAAUCUGAAAUCUUGCAAGGACUCCACGCCCGAGAGGGAGAAAUCGAGGGAUCGGCAAUGGCGGACACGGGGAGCCUGGAGAAGAUGGGGCGAGAGCUCAAGUGCCCCAUCUGCCUGAGCCUUCUCAGUUCGGCGGUAUCCAUCUCCUGCAACCACGUCUUCUGCAAUGAUUGCCUCACGGAAUCGAUGAAAUCCACGUCGAGCUGCCCCGUGUGCAAGGUCCCGUUCCGACGACGAGAAAUGCGACCAGCACCUCACAUGGACAAUCUGGUCAGCAUUUUCAAAAGCAUGGAGGCUGCAGCAGGUACCAAUGUUGUCUCAACACAGGAGGCUCCUGUGGUAAAACUUGCAGAUGGAUCAGAUUGUGUCAACAGCGGGAAAAAUUCCAAAAGGUCACAAAAAUCAUUGACACGAAAAAGGAAGGUAACAUCCGAGAUGGAAAAAAAUACAGCAAAGGAUGCUACAGCUUCUGCAUCCCAACCUACUACAAAGCCUUCCUUCUCUACUAACAAAAGAAUACAAGUGAAACCAUUCCCUGAAUCUGAGACACCAAUAAGAGCUGAGAAGAUUAUGAAGCCUGAAGAGCCAAAAAAUAAUCUGAAUAAUGAUGUUGAAGGAAAGAAUAAAGCAGUGGCAUCGGGUCAACCUGGAAGUCCUUCAUUGUCACCCUUUUUUUGGCUAAGGGAACAAGAAGAACAAGAAGGCUGUACCGCUGAGACGUUAAGUGAAACGCAAUCUUUAGACACACCCUUGCGUCAUAAUGCACCCUCUUUUAGCGAUAUUAAAGAUUCUGAUGACGAAAUCCCUUUAAAUACAACUCCAAAUAGCAAAGCUGCGGCUACAGAACUCUUUGACAGUGAAAUAUUUGAAUGGACCCAGAGACCAUGCUCUCCUGAAUUGUAUUCCACUCCAUUGAAAAAGCAGAGUAAAGCUAAGAGUAAACUAGAUCAAAUUGAAGAGAAGGGUGAUGAAGAAGAUGUGCAUAUUGGUGGUUCAUUUGAUAAGCUGGGUAAUGCAAGUAAUGCAGCUCAGCUUGUCAAUACAAAAGCAACAAAGCAGAAGAGAAAGAAAACAAGUCCCAGUAACAAAAACAGUGCAAAAUUGUCCAAUCGUGCUGAGCCCUGCAUAAAAAAGUCUGAUGCCAAUCAACAAGGUUCAAAUAGACGUAAAAGUGCUGCCCUAAAAUCUUGUCAGAAAAGCAGCAGUGCUGUAGGGAGGAAUACUUCAGGUAGAAGAAACAAGGCCUCUAGCAACAGCAAGCCAAUUCAUGGCUCUAGUGAUAACUCCCCAGAGUCAUAUCUUCCUAAGGAGGGUUUGGAUGUUGAAGCACCUGACAAACCCCUUUCUGAAAGGAUCCAAAACUUGGAGAAAACUAGUCGACGAAAGGGAAGUGCAAGGAAGCUGGAAAUGGCAGGGAAAACUAUUUCAGAUACUACAGAGAAGAAUAGUGAGCCAAGAAGUAAGAGAGUCAGAAGAAUGUCUGACCACGCUAUAGCUAAACCGGUUGAAGUUCCUUCAGGAUCUGGAAAUGAAACAGAAAUACCACAGCUUCACACCCUCACAAAAGGCAGCAUUCAACGCAAAUCCUCCAACGCUAGAAGACAUAGCAAAGUUUGUGGAGAACAGGAAGGUAAGAAUAAACUUGAGAACACGACAAUGACACCUAUUAUUUUACAUGGGAAAUGCCAAAAUAAAGAGGCAGUAUGUACAGCUCCUUCAGUAAGGACUGCAUCUGUUAAGUACAAGCAAGCAAAAUUUAGCGAACAACCAGAUUGUUUUGGAACGGAGAACUUUGGAAACCUUCAAGCAUGCCCUGCACGUAAUGUUUUACUGAAGAAGUGUGAGGUAUCUACUUUGAAGGUUUCCUGUGCUUUCUGCCAGACCGAUGUCAUCACAGAGGAGUCUGGAGAGAUGGUUCAUUAUCAAAAUGGGAAACAAGUCCCUGCAGAGUUCAAUGGAGGAGCCAAUGUGGUGCACUCUCACAAGAACUGCCUUGAGUGGGCUCCUGAUGUCUACUUCGAAGAUGAUUCUGCCUUUAAUCUUACAACUGAAUUGGCGAGAAGCAGACGGAUCAAAUGUGCUUGCUGUGGAAUUAAAGGAGCUGCACUUGGAUGCUUUGAGAUGAGUUGUCGGAGAAGUUUCCACUUCACCUGUGCUAAACUAAUCCCAGAAUGCAGAUGGGAUAAUGAAAAUUUUGUGAUGUUAUGCCCUCUACAUCGGUCUACAAAGUUACCCAAUGAAAAUUCUGAACAGCAAAAGCAACCUAAAAGGAAAACAACACUCAAAGGAAUAACCGGCUUUUCCAGGUCAUCUCAAAUAGGAUCCAAUCAAGAUUGUGGUAAUAACUGGAAAUGGCCAUCUGGAUCACCACAGAAGUGGGUUCUCUGCUGCUCAUCACUUUCUAGUUCUGAGAAGGAACUUGUAUCAGAAUUUGCAAAGUUAGCUGGCGUGCCUAUUUCGGCAACUUGGAGUCCAAAUGUUACCCAUGUUAUUGCAUCAACUGAUCUCUCUGGUGCUUGCAAACGGACGCUGAAGUUUCUCAUGGCAAUCUUGAAUGGCAGAUGGAUUGUCUCCAUAGAUUGGGUUAAAACUUGCAUGGAGUGCAUGGAACCAAUUGAUGAGCACAAAUUUGAAGUCGCUACUGAUGUUCAUGGGAUCACUGAUGGUCCUAGGUUAGGAAGAUGCAGGGUUAUUGACAGGCAACCUAAGCUGUUCGACAGCAUGAGGUUCUACCUCCAUGGGGACUACACAAAAUCCUACAGAGGCUACCUGCAAGAUCUCGUGGUUGCAGCAGGUGGAAUAGUUCUUCAGAGGAAGCCCGUAUCAAGAGACCAGCAAAAGCUUCUUGAUGACAGCUCUGACCUCCUCAUCGUUUACAGCUUCGAGAAUCAAGAUAGGGCAAAAUCCAAGGCCGAAACCAAGGCUGCUGAUCGCAGGCAGGCUGAUGCUCAGGCUCUUGCUUGCGCUUCUGGAGGCAGAGUUGUGAGCAGUGCAUGGGUGAUUGACUCAAUUGCAGCCUGCAAUCUGCAACCUCUUUGAAUCUAGAAGACUGCCUGGUGCCAAAAUGCGAGUUCGAUAGAGUAAGAAACAAGAUAGAAAUCUAAGAUGCACAGGGCUUUGUAAUGAGACUUAAAUUAUUUGAAAAUAAGUUUACUAUGCGUUGCAAAAGAAACUAGACUGCAUUUCUAUGGAAGUUGACUGGAUAGUCAUGCGCCAGAUGGUUUUCCUGGCCUCCUUUUGUAA